CCACCCUUUGCAUGUCCCCCUUCUUCCCCCGACUCGCUCCAUAGCACUCACCCGUGCAGAGCUCACGGCGGCGACUCGGGGAUAUCGUCGCCCCGUCAUCCUGGCUGUCCAUGCCCUGGAGAGUGGGUCGGGAUUUAAGGCAUCUCGUUCACGCCGCACACAACAUCCUGGAGAGAGGUCGUGUCUCGCUCCAUCCCAUAUGCGUACUCGCGAAGCCAAUCCACUCGACUCAAACUCAAUGGCGGCCGGCACUAGCUCUGCAGCUCAAUCACACAUCUGCGGUGACGACAGGCACUUCUCAGGACGACGAGGACGAUCCUUACGUGGGGGCGCAGCAUGUAGAGGCGGUUCUUUUGCGGUGGAAGAGGCCAGCGGGGGACGUUGGUGCCGUGCCACCGGAGGAUCUGCCUCCUGCCUCCAUCCUAUCCCUCAUCGACGGCGUGUUCGAUGCUCGACCAACGCAGCUUCCAACACUUGCGGAUCUGCGACGUCUACCUGCUAUGGAGGAGCUCAUAACGUACCUGCGCCUUCCGCGUCGUGCUCCCGCGCUGGUCCACUACCUCCUCGAUGUCAAAGAACCCCGGCGCGCACUAUGGGUCCUUCGAAUAGCGAACGAAGUGGGCUGCAACUUCUCCCCGAAGUUCUACGGUCCAGUCGCGGAAAAGUUGGCGGAUAUGAAGAAGUGGCGGUCGAUUCUACCCCUUGUGCGUACUGCCAGGGAACGACUCGGAUACACCACUACAGCUCUUCUCAAUUGGCGUUUGCAUGCGCUCAUGGAAUCGCAGCGUUAUCUCUCUCUGGAAGAAGUCUUGGACCUGUUCGCAAGAGAACAAGUCAGAGCGUCUCGUCUGACGUACCAUCUGCUUAUUUCCAUGCACCUUCGCAAUCACGACCUCCCUUCUGCUCUCGCAUGCGUCCGGGCUAUGGAAUCCGCUGGCUUUCGCGUCUCCGCCAGAACGUGGGCCGUCAUCCUCACCAGCCACCGCUCACUUGGCUUGACGCCCACUGCCAGGACCCAGGCUCUUGCUGCCUUGAACACAGCGGAUGGACACACAGCAGUUGUCAUAGUCAACAGUCUCGUGCAGCUCCUUCUCGAUGCCCACGACAUGCCUGGCGUCGUGGAGAUUCUUUCGCUGGUUUCGCGACCUCCUGGAGGCCCCCCCUCCGGCCCUGGGGCAGGUACCACCCUGGAAGGCGGCGCGUCUGCGACGGUACAGGAGGGGUAUCCCAACCAAUCUCCCCUUCCUCUCUCCCACCAAGUCUCCAUCGACAUCUCCACCUACAAUUUGCUGCUCAACUACCUAGCCCGCCAAGGUGAUCUUGAACGGGCACUGGGGACAUUGCAGCAAAUGGACGUUACACACAUACAUCCUAAUGGCGACACAGCACCUGCCCUCGCGCGUCUUUACUUCACUGUCGAUUGUCCCAACGAUGCACUCCACAUCGUGGCCGAUGCGCUCCGGGACUUCCCCACGGCUUCCGCCCUCCUCCCCCAACUAGGGUUCUCUCCCACAACCCCCGCCGAACACCCCACCUUUCCCUACACAGCCUCUCCAACCAUCCGUCUUUUCAACACGCUCAUUUGGGGUGUUCUACAGACUCGACGUCUGAGCGGGCUUCGUACGGUCUUACGUAUGAUGCAGAUUACGAAGAUCGACCCGGACGCCACCACGCUAAGGGUUCUGCUGUCACACCUCUACCGAGAUGACUGUUCACGUCCUCGGGAGAUCAUCAGGGUUGUGCGUGCCCUGAUGUCUGCCGGAUUGGCUCCCACAACGCCACACCUCCACGUCCUUAUGGCCGCUCUAUUGCGAGAGCAGCGGUUUACGAUGCACCGAAGGGGAUGGGCGGCGGACGACUCUGUCGGCGAAGCUCGUGAGGACCCGCCUGCUGAUCACCUGCAACCCUACUCGGACGAGUAUUCUCAUCCAACCGCGGGCAUCGCCUUCUCCCGCCGCUACCGGAGGCUCUUGCGACCGAUCAUCCAGUCGCUGACCGCUCGCGGAGUGCGAAGCGACCGCGCCUCCUUCGCCCUGCGCAUCAAACAGGACGGAGUGGUUCACCGCGACCUCGACAAGGCGCUCGCGUCGUUCAGGCAGGCCGUCGAAUCCGGCGUGCGCCCGAACGUCUACCACUACGGCGCACUCAUGGAGGGCUACACGGCAGCAGGCGACAUGGCGGGCGCGGCGGACAUAAUGCGGGAAGCGGCAGACGCAGGCGUCCCGGUCGACGUCAAGACGCAUACCAUCCUCAUCGCCGGGUACGCGCGACACGGCCAGCCGUCGCAGGCCCUCGCGGCUUUCCGCGCCAUGGUCGCGCAGGGCUUCCGCCCGGACGUGCCUGCCAUCGACGCGCUUGUGAGCGCGUUCGUGCGUGCGAAGGCGUUUCGCGUUGCCCGGCGCAUCCUUCUGCAGCUGUGGCCGCAGAUCGGGCCGAUGGCGGACGCGCUCGUCCGGGCUCCACUGCACGAGCUGGUGGUGGCUUUCCGGGGCCUGCAUGGGAAGGGGAAGCGCAUGCCGGAGCGGCUUUCUUCAGGGGAGCAGCGAAUGUUGCGGUGGAAGAUGCGGGACCUUUUGCAGGGCUGGAGGUUCUCCCUGGGGUACACGCGGAAGAAAGAGAGGGCGAAGGACCACGUUCGCGCUGUAUCAUUGACACGUACCCCCGAAUAUACCAGGGCAAAAAGGCGUUGA